AUGGAUGCAGAGGCUCUGCGAAACUUUGCGGUGUCCGCGCAGCCUCUUCAAUAUCCCCCCUACAACGACUCGAAUGCCCCGCGAACUGCUCAAGAGGUAGCUGCCGCAGCUGCGGGCUAUGCUCCUGCCGACUCAAUCGACCCCAAUAUCUCGGCCUACGAUGUGAACGCGGAAGUGCAGAACGAGGAUCCGGCAUCACAAACACAAGAACACCACGAUCAUGGCCACGACCAAUCGACCUCACACCGAGUACACACACUCUCUCCACCCCAGACGCGCCACACGCGAUCAUCUCAAGAUCUGACUACGGCAUCAUCAGAUGACAAUGUCGUCAGUCACGGUCCACAGGCAAUCGAUUUUCAGGAUCAUCAAGUCUUUGGACAAGCAUCCUCGCAAAAUGACUUUGUCUGGAAGAACUCUUCGUCGGCUUUUCCCAACGGCACACCGCAUUCCAGCGCAAGACUAGUCGGAAAACAGGCUCCGGUCUACAGUACUCCACAAGGCCUCGUCCAUUCGGACCCUUGGUCGGCACAUUAUCACGAUCCAAUGCAACUAGAGACACCCACUUCGAAUCUGGAUCAAGACCUCGAUCCUGCAGUGGCUGCAAACCCCUUCAGUGACACAUUCCCUCUGAUCCCAAAUCCUCCCGACCUCGAAGCCUGGCGCGAGAGGCUCUUCAACAUCACCGAACCUCUUGUCUUGUCGGAAGAAGAAUACUUGACCUACUUUCCCCACGUGGACAACAUCUAUUCACACCGAUCUACUCAGAAGUACAAGCGUAAACCAUUUGUAAGCCACUAUUGGGAUUGUCGUCUGAAGGGCAGACCUAGCGGCACCCCGAAGAGCACGGAUCCCAACAAGAAGAAGCGCAAGCGCCAGGCCCGUGAACGAGAUCUAUGCGAUGUCAAAAUCAAAGUGACGGAAUACUUCGGUACCGAUCAAGCGCAAGAAUUGGGCAUACCUGGCAACGACCUCAAUGGUCUCAAUAGUGUUAACGGCAUUCCUACCGACCCAGCUCUAACAGGAGACAACAGCGAGUUGACCAUCGUGCUCGAAGAUGGUGUCAAUGGAAAUGGUCCAUCCAACAACCCAACCGACCCCAACUUCGGUUUGCUAGAGCUGCCUCGACGUUUGCCGAAAGGUCACCCUGGUGCCGAUGGCAAGCGGUGGUUCACCAUUCAGCGCGUAAGAGGUAAUCCAGGUGGUGGUGCGGUCAAAGACAAACGCGACAGUACAGGGGAUGGCCUUGGCGAGGCCGUCGAAGAAGAUGACUCUUCCCUACUAGACCCUAAUCUCGACCUUGACCACAAGCACACCCUUGAAGAGAGCGAUAGGAUCAAGAAGAACAGUGUUCAAAGAUGGCUGUUGAAGGAGGAAAAAGAAAAGAAACGAAUUAACAAGAUACCUACGCCGGCAGCCACAAUCCCAACCUCGACCAGCAGUGACACGAGCUCCCCAACUUUCCGCGCCAGCGGCAUGGCCUUCUUCACAGCUCGUGAUCACUCGAGACCAGCGACAUCCAAAAUCACUUUCUACGCCAACGGCUUUUGCCCCUUCGCACAACGAGUCUGGAUAGCUCUUGAGGUCAAAGGUAUUCCGUAUCAAAUGGUGGAGGUUCUCCCUGCUCACAUUGAUCCAUACCGUCCACCGGAACUUCUUGAAGCCAAUCCUGAAGGACACAUCCCUUGCAUCCGUCGUGGCAACUGGGCUGUUUGGGAGAGCGGUGUCAUUAUGGAGUAUCUCGAAGACUUGGCUAUAGGUCACAGUCUUCUGCCAUUGGGUAAUGCACAACUCCGGGCACACGUCCGUCUUUGGACAGACCACAUCAACCGCAAGAUCCUCCCAAGUUUCUACAGUCUCCUCCUCACACCACCGCCGCAGAACCAAGAUGCUAAUACCGAUGUUGAUGGUGACAUGAAUAUGAACCGCCAGGCGCCGGCCAUGGCAGCUACCGCAGCACAGCAUGAAAUGCUCAUAGCCACGCUCCAGAGAAACAUCACGGCACUAGUCAACGCAUCACAUGCAACGGGACCCUUCUUCCUGGGAAAUGAGAUCGGGUUUGUCGAUGUCAUGUUCGCUCCAUGGAUCAUUCGCUUGUCGCGUGUGUUGAGUUAUUAUCGCAACUUCCCCCGCCCCGAGGUUGGCACGCGUUGGCGCAUGUGGGUCGACGCCAUCGAACAGGACGAGCGUGUGAAGCGGACCAUAAGCGACGAGAACUCAUACCACGGCGUGUACAGAGGUGUUGGUGAGGACGGAUGGGACUCAUUAAAUGACCGAGACGGCUCUGGUUCUCGGAAGAAUAUGGCUGAAAUUGCUUUUGCGAAGCGUAUCGUUAACCAGGAAGGGUUCGGACUAGGAGGCGAUGUAUGGGGCAAAUUGAGAGAGGAGCAUGCGGUGCACUCACAGAAUCAACAGCCGCACCGUGGAUUGACCGUGGAUCAAGGCAUUGCAUAG